CUCAAACUCUGUCCGGAGCCGGACGUCUCCUCGGCGCGUUUGGAGGCCUAGGCCUGUGGACCGGCCGAGGUCUGCGAUGAGCCAAGUUCUGUUCCAGCAAAUCGUCCCCUUGCAGGUGAAAUGCAAAGACUGCGAGGAGAGGAGAGUGAGUGUGAGAGUGAGCAUUGAGCUGCAAUCAGUUUCUAAUCCAGUUCAUAGAAAGGAUUUAGUUAUUCGACUGACUGAUGAUACAGAUCCAUUUUUCCUUUAUAAUCUUGUUAUAUCUGAAGAUGAUUUUCAAAGUUUAAAAUUCCAACAAGGUCUUCUGGUAGACUUCUUAGCUUUCCCACAAAAGUUUAUAGAUCUCCUUCAGCAAUGUACUCAAGAACAUGCCAAAGAAAUUCCAAGGUUUUUGCUGCAGUUAGUUUCUCCAGCAGCUAUUUUGGAUAACUCACCUGUAUUUUUAAAUGUGGUAGAGACAAAUCCUUUUAAACAUCUUACACACCUGUCACUUAAACUCUUACCUGGAAAUGAUGUAGAGAUAAAGAAGUUUCUAGCAUGCUGUUUGAAAUGUAGCAAGGAAGAAAAAUUAUCAUUGACACAAUCAUUAGACGAUGUUACUAGGCAACUGAACUCAACACAAAAGACAUUGUCAGAAAAAAUACAAGAAUUAGAGAAGUUACGGAAUGAAUGGGCCUCACACACAGCGUCAUUGACAAAUAAGCAUUCUCAGGAACUGACAAAUGAAAAGGAAAAAGCCUUACAGGCACAGGUUCAAUAUCAACAGCAGCAUGAACAGCAGAAAAAAGAUUUAGAAAUCCUCCAUCAACAAAACAUCCACCAGCUACAGAGCAGAUUAUCUGACUUAGAAGCAGCUAAUAAAGAGUUAACUGAAAGGAAAUAUAAAGGAGACUCUACUGUUAGAGAACUUAAAGCAAAGCUUUCUGCUGUUGAAGAGGAGCUGCAACGAACUAAGCAAGAAGUUCUCUCUUUGCGAAGAGAGAAUUCUACCCUAGAUGCUGAAUGCCAUGAAAAAGAAAAGCAUAUUAAUCAGCUGCAAACAAAAGUGGCAGUUUUAGAGCAGGAAAUCAAGGAUAAAGACCAACUUGUUUUAAGAACAAAAGAGGCAUUUGAUACAAUGCAGGAACAAAAGGUCUUAAAUUUUUUUCUAAAUAAAUCAGUGACUACAUUGCAAGUUGUUUCCCUAAACAAACACAAAUAUGCAAAUUAUUCAUGUCUUUUUAAAAAUCAGGUGGCCUUAGAAGAAAGUGGUGAGAAAAAUCAGGUACAGCUGGGAAAACUUGAAGCUACAAUCAAAUCACUGUCAACAGAACUUCUGAAGGCAAAUGAGAUUAUUAAGAAGUUACAAGGGGAUCUGAAAACUCUAAUGGGUAAGUUGAAACUGAAGAAUACAGUUACUAUUCAGCAAGAAAAACUCUUGGCUGAGAAGGAGGAAAAAUUACAAAAGGAACAGAAGGAAUUACAAGAUGUUGGACAAUCUCUCCGAGUUAAAGAGCAAGAGGUAUGCAAAUUACAAGAACAAUUAGAAGCUACAGUUCAAAAACUUGAAGAAAGUAAGCAGCUUUUAAAAAAUAAUGAAAAAUUAAUCACAUGGUUAAAUAAAGAGCUAAAUGAAAAUCAGCUCGUGAGAAAGCCAGAUGUAUCAGGACCUUCCACCACUCCAUCUGCGCAUGCCAGCAGCAGCACACUCAGAAGUGGAAUUUCCCCUAAUGUGAAUGUGGUUGAUAGUAGACUGAAUUAUCCUGGCUGUGGUAUUGGUUAUCCUGUCUCCUCUGCAUUUGCAUUCCAGAAUACCUUCCCUCAUCCCAUAGCUACCAAAAACACCAUCCACCCAGUUUCAGGACCAAAGGUUCAGUUUAACUUGCAGUUUACAAAACCAGAUGCUCAGUCAGGAACAACUAGUACCAUGCCUGGCUCCACAGAUAAGGAAAAUGGUGAAAAUUUAGGGCUGGAAUCUAAAUACUUGAAGAAAAGAGAAGAUAGCAUUCCUUUACGUGGACUCAGCCAGAAUCUACUUAGUAAUGCAGAACAUCAGAAAGAUGGCACACUAGGGGCAUUACAGAUGUCUUCUAAACCCACAGUGCUCCCUUCCACAUCUGCCUAUUUUCCUGGGCAGUUACCCAGCAGUUAAUCCUGUCCUCACCGGCUGUUUGUACUGACACUUCAGAAACUCAGAUGAGGAAAAAGAUAAUUCAAUGAUUACCACUGUCACUAAGUUCAUAGUAACACAAGGAUCUUCGCUAAUUUUUAAUGAAUCCGCUGUCUUGAGCCUUAUAUUUUGAAUCUAAACUGGGAAUAUAGUUGGCAACAUCAAUAAUAGUAGGCAAUAACUCUGUGCUCUUAGAUAUACUGCAUUAGUUAAGAAUACAGAUAAAAUAACUUGUAAGACUCUUGGCAAUAUGGGACUGUGCUUUGUUGUAUAAAACAUUGUGACGGGGCUUGGAUGGGACAUGUAACUUUUUAAACUAUAGACCACCCUUACAUAGCCACACAUAGAAAUCCUAUCUGCAAAAGAUAGGAUACAGAGUCUGUAUGAACUUGCUAUCAUUUUCCUUUUAAUGUACAUAGGUAGACUUGUGUGGUAUCUCUGUACUCUACCUCUUAAACCUGUUUGUAAUUGUUUUCCAGUAUAUAUAUGUACAUGUUAAUAAAAAUGUUUCACUUAAUGUUAUUCCUAUAAAUGAGCU